CUCAUAACUUACACGUUCUUUUUCAGGCCGCAACAUUCGACCCUCUCCUUCUCCUCCCAAUCCUUUCUCCUAGGCGUUGGCCUUUCUCUCCUCAUCGACAUACACCUUCGGUCCAAUCCCUUCUGAUCAUUCCUCAUCGGCCAGGCGUCGAGAUCUUUGAGUCGGGAUCUCUCGCUCUGUCUACUUAAUCACCUCGUCGCUUCCUCAGGGUUCUCUUUUUAGGACAUACUUUCACGCCGCGCGUUUGUUUAACGGCUGCACAGUCGUUAAAUGAACCUGCAAGUCUCCUACACCUUGAGAAUUACGUCUCACCCUUCGAAGUUGAAGGGCAGUUCCGUUUCCUAAAUGGUCGUGCCCAAAGCCAGCAACUUCGCGCGCCUCGUAUUCAACAAGACUCUCGGUCCUGGCUACGUCCAAUCGGUCGUAGCCGCUUCACAGUCCUCCUACGCUGCGCACAACAACAAUUUCGGUCAUCUCGGAGCUCGUCUCGGGAAGACUCAGAACCUACAUACCCAGCACAAUGCUUUUGUAGAUCGUGAUAGCCGCCGGGGCGGCCACGCAACCAGCAAAGAGUCGAGCCUUGCUGCGUGCAUUUCUGCCUGGCAGAAACAGCAAAGCCUUGGUGGCCAGAAAUGGGAGCAGUUCCAAUUCGCGAAGCGUAUUGAAUGGAGGCCACAGACUCUUCUCGCAGAGAGCAAGAGCAAGGAUGGCGCGGCUAAAGACGAGUCCGCUCUACUGGAAGACGAGGAGGAACAGCGGGCCACUGCGCCGAGGUUGGAUCGCUCUUAUUCCACAAGCGCUGUCGAUGACUUCAGGCGCUCUGUCACACCAGAAGCCGCGGCCGAGGCGCUGGCCAAGGUUGAAGUAGCUAUCGCGGAAGAGGCUUCCAAGGCUGCGCAGCAACAGCACGACGAAGAAUCCGCGUUGCAGGGGACUUCGAUCCCGCGCCGAUCGAGCCCGGCAUUGUCUGCAUCGACGACUGAAUUUACACCCGCAUCAAGCUUUGCGUCUGAAGUUACGCCAUCGACAUCCGUGUCCGACAUCGAUGUGUACGGCGACCACCUCACUCGUCUAGCCGAAUUGCGCAACUAUGCUGAGAUUCCCGCCGUCUUCGAGGGCAUGCUGAAUGCUGGCAUACAGCCCACCUCGCAAGCAUACAAUGCACUUCUUCAGGCGGCAAUUCAUUUGCCCAAGUCUCGCCAUCUCGUUGUGCACAAGGCACUGGAUGUGUAUUCGGACAUGCUCAAACGAUCAGUGCUUCCUGACCGGCAGACGUAUAGCAUCCUCAUCGAGCUUCUUUCCGCUCGAGCACUAGAAGUUCAGGCCGCCAAGAACGCUCUUGAAGAUUCCCGUGCGAGAUUUGGUGGAUUGGAAGAGGAAGACCAAUUCAUGCUUAAAUCUGAGGAACACGAAGCAAAAAUGCUCGCCGAGGAUGACUCUCUUGAUCUAGCGAUCCGUAUGUUUGACACAGCUAUAUCUAUACACCCCAAGGGUUUCACCGAGCGUGCCUAUCGUCUCUUGGUGUCUGCCUGUGCGGAGAAGGGCAAUAUUCCGGACAUGGUUCGUAUCUACCAGCAGAUGGAGUCUCGCCACAUCAUCCCGCGCCCUGAGAUGUUUGUCAAUAUGAUCCACGCAUUUGCCACGUCGGGCGACUUGCGCAGCGCUGUUGAGUGCUACGACGAAUACAAGGCACUAGCAAUCGCUCACGACAAGGGCGAAAUCAGCAUGUCACGCAAGGAUGAAGACGUGUAUGCAGCUGUUAUCAAGGCAUACCUAAUAACCAAUCAGCAAGAGGGCGCUGACCGCUUCUUCCACAAGCUCAUUGCUGUCACCGCCGAGGAAGAGAAGCAGCUUAGUUUGAAGGAAACAGUGGCUUUGCGUUCAUAUCUGGCCCAAUGGCUAAAGAUGCACAACUUCGAGGAAGCUUUUACUUAUGCGAGCUCUAAACUCGUUGGUAUUGCUCGCGAUAUUGGUCUCUCGGCCGUAUGCAUUCGUGCCGCCGACAGGAAUUCGUACGAGGUUGCUGCACGUGCUUUCAGCCAGCUUUCCGGUAAGGCUGACGUGGCUUCGCCUGCUGUGGCUAUGGUCGCGAUGCACAUCCGUAGCGGCAAUCUCGACGCCAGCGAGCCGUUUUGGAGCAUGCUCGAGAGGGCUAAAGCGCGCACCGAGUUUAUCCAGCCAACGGUUAUGAGGACCGUGGCACUUAUUGGCAACGGGCAGGCAGAAAAUGCCCUGCGUGCUCAGCGGACAAUGUUUGCUCGCAUCAGAGAUGCGAGGGCGGAGUCUUCUGAUACGAUGUCGCUGACCGAGCGCAUUGAUGAAGCGAUAGAGGUCGUGGGUGCUUUUAUGAUGAAGCGCGGCAUCUUCCUUUCUGCAGGUCCAGCUAUGGAGCUGUUGUGGACUAUGGUUGAAAACCACGGCCUUGUACCAUCAGUUGCCAAUCAUCUGCUUGCUGGUUUGGGUCCUGAGGAGAUUUCGCAUCUCGCCUGGGUAGAUCUGCAGCUGCUUGCCCAAGUGCAGGGCAGCAUGAUAAUAAACGGUUCUUCCUCCAUCGCGGAUGUUGCUCACCAAGCUCGAUUUGCACACCUGCUGCAUAUUCUUUGCACAGGCACAAUCGAUGCGCCCACGGAAAACAUUAUCGAGAAAACGCUUACAAAGCUGGAGAACCCUCAGCUUUGGAGCCUUUGGCACCAAUACAAGUAUUCGACCACUACCCCAGUGCCGUACGCCCAACCGCUAGUGGCACAACAGCUGGCCUUCGACGAUUCCUUUGAUCCUUAUGCAGCAACAACAGACAAUAAGGGCUCUGUCGCGAUUACGGAACUGCUCGAGAAGACACACGGACGAUUCUCAUCCCAUCUAAACGACGCCCUUGCGAGGUUCAAAAACAUCCGUCGUGCAGGAAGGCACCCUCGCUUCUUCACAUACGCGAAACUCAUUUCUGCGGCGGCGAAGGAGAAUCGCCUUUCUCUCGCGAACGACGUGCUUGCCCUUGCAAGGCAGGAUGUACCAUUCCUCCCUCAGUAUCGCAUUGUUCGAUAUGGAUGGGUCACGAUUCUGGAUGCCAUGGUUGCCGCAUGUUUGACGACUGGACGGCGCGAUCUCGCUCAGCAAUACCACCAAGAGCUGCUUAGCAUGGGUGCCGCUCCAUCGGCUAAUACAUUUGGCCUCUACAUCACGACACUGAAGGAAAGCACCAAAACGUUCGACGAGGCCAGCGAGGCCGUAAAGAUCUUCCUUCAGGCUAAGGCCGAAGGUGUCGAGCCCUCAUCGUUCUUGUACAAUGCACUGAUUGGUAAAUUGGGUAAAGCACGUCGUAUUGACGACUGUCUGUUCUAUUUCCAGGAGAUGCGCAGUCUGGGGAUCCGACCCACCAGUGUGACCUAUGGCACCAUCGUUAACGCUUUGUGUCGCGUGAGCGACGAGAAGUUCGCUGAGGAACUCUUCGAGGAGAUGGAGUCCAUGCCCAAUUACAAGCCUCGUCCUGCGCCGUACCACUCGAUGAUGCAGUUCUUCCUCUCAACCAAGCGGGAUAGGUCAAAGGUUCUGGACUAUUACGAGCGCAUGUGCAAGCGCGGCAUCCAGCCCACUACUCACACGUAUAAGCUGCUCAUUGAUACUCACGCUACGCUUGAACCCAUCGAUAUGGCUGCUGCUGAGGCCGUUCUUGAGCAGAUUAGGGAGCAUGGCGAAAUCCCCGAAGCUGUUCACUACGCCUCGCUCGUGCACGCGAAGGGUUGUGUCCUCCGCAACAUGGAAGGUGCCCGUGCACUGUUCGACUCCGUCCUCGAACAAACGGAGGUUCGCCUUCAGCCCUGCCUGUUCCAAGCUCUGUUCGAAUCUAUGGUAGCCAACAACACCAUCGCCGACUCUGAGCCUGUUCUCGAACUCAUGAAGCAACGAGGCGUUGAGAUGACACCCUAUAUUGCGAACGCGUUAAUCCACGGAUGGGCGAACGCAAAGAACCUGGGCAAGGCAGAGAGCGCGUACGACGCUGUGCCUGCCGAAAAGAGGGAGCCUAGCACGUACGAGGCCAUGGUUCGCGCGUAUGUUGCCCUAGGCGAGAGGGAGAGAGCGGCCAGAGUUGCACAGGAGGCGCUGGGCAGAGGAUACCCAGCUGCUGUGGCGAACAAGAUUUCGGAUUUAGUGGGCCAUGUCGCUGCUGUGGACUCUCAGUAAAUCGCUGCGAAGGCCUCACUGCAUCUUGCAACUGGGUUAUCAUCUGUCGUCGAUCACACUACUGGUCAAAGGUAUCACCUUUUUCAUUUUUUCCUUUUCACUUUGUGGGGAGGCAUUCCCUUGAUGCUUCUUCAUGGGUGGAAAAAACUGGUUGAUUUCAAGCUUGACUUGUAUAUUUAAUCUCACACGGGGCUCUCGAAUCCCACCAACAAAACGGGGUUGUCGGUCGAGCCUCGUUAUUGCUCUUCCUUUUAAUCCUCAUUUCUUUUGUCACAGCUGGUCUGAGCGCGGCGCUCAAAGCAAUGGGCGUUGCUGCUGCAGCUUCUGGAGUUCAUAAGUUGGCAAUAAUCGGACAGUCGGGCUUGCAUCUUAAUUGGCAACACAAGGCGCAAAAAGGACAAUAUGGAACUGCGUGUAAAAAUACCCCAGGUGGACAAUGGUAUGGUUUGGGAUUUUUGUCUUUGUACAGCAGCCACAUUACUCCCCACUCUAGAGCAUAGACCUCACGCCCGUAUGACGCGCGGUAGAGACUGUGCAAGAAGAACGACUCGCAGAAGUCGGAUGAAAUUUAUCAAAUGUGUGAAACUAUGGAGCAAAUAAUUACUGUUCUCUACUUUCUGUUGCCAGCGAUGCAGCUCUCCAACGAUGCAGCAGGCCAAGGUAACAGUGCC